AUGAGGGCUUUAACGUUACUUCUGAGUUGUGUUAUCCUGGCUGUUUGUCUGGUGCAUCAGGCAGGAGGCGCCAGCACGGCAGUAUCUACGACGACAACGACAACAACAACAACAACCACGGAAUCCUCCUCCGACACCACAACCACUACUGAAUCAUCUAGCGACACCACCAGCACCACUUCAAGCUCCAGCUCCAGCUCUAGCUCCAGCUCUUCUAGCUCCUCUUCCGCAGCACUUAAACGGUUGAGAAGGAGGCUGAAGCGUCUCAGACGUUUGGAACGUCUGAGGGCCGCCAGAGAGAAGAGGAGAAUCCGCAGGCUUUUGGCUGCCGAAAGGAGAAGGCUUGCUAGGAGAUCAACUGGUACCAGGAGAGAAGGUACUACCAGGAGAAGGAUUGUGUUGUGA